AUGUCCGCAGUUGACAAGUUGAAGUUGGCCGAAGAGAAAAAUAAAGCGGCCAAUGAGGGCAUGACAGGCACGAACGCAAAUAUCACGGUAGCGAUUCUCAGCUUGCACAACAAGCAGGUGAAAGACUCCUCGAAAGACGAGAAACCCAUACUGUCAGGAUCAAAAGCUUGGUCCUCUUUUCUCGCUCUGCCCACCGGACUGCAUAUUCAGACUGUCCUAAACCUCGCUGAUAGCAUCAACCCAGGCCCCCUCAAUAAAAUCUUGACGUCAACAGAUACUUCCGAUGAAUAA